GGUCGGCAUCACACUGCUUUGAACAGCAUGAAGGCUCACUUAUUCACCUGUACGCUGGUGCUAUGGCUGAUGGCAGCCUCAGCCAGGAGCUUUGACCAGGACUCACAGCUGAUACCUGGAUCUCUACCAGGCAGAGAGCUGAAUGGAUACUCAAUUGACUAUUUGAAAUCAAGAAGAGCUAGGAGGGCCCUGCCUCUUGCUGAUGAACCUGACGAGAGCCCAGUCUCAGAGGGAGGAGACGCCGCUGACCUGCCCACAUGUCUGCUUUGCGUGUGUCUGACGGGUUCUGUGUACUGUGAGGAGGUCAGCCCAGAAAUAGACACUGUUCCAACCCUGCCUAAGGAGACGGCCUACCUGUAUGCACGCUUCAACAAGAUCAGCAAGAUCAGCAACAAAGACUUUGCAGACACUGUUACUCUCAGGAGGAUUGACCUGACGGGGAACCUGAUCUCAGAGAUUGAUGAUGGAGCAUUCUCAAAGCUUUCACUACUGGAGGAAUUGACUCUAGCUGAGAACAGACUGGUCAAACUUCCGAUGCUCCCUGCCAAACUAACAUUAUUCAAUGCAAACAACAACCUCCUCAAAACAAAGGGUGUCAAGGCUAACGUUUUCAAGAAAAUGGCCAAGCUGGUGACUCUGUACCUGGCAGACAAUGAGUUAGAGGCUGUUCCACACAUACCUGACAGUGUCCGGACCUUACAUUUACAGAACAACAACAUCACUGACGUCAACAUCAACACCUUCUGCCGUUCAAAUGACACCUAUUACCUGCGACCAAGCCUCAAUGAGGUUCGUAUGGAUGGCAAUCCUGUAAUACUGUCAAAGUACCCUGAUAGCUUUACCUGCAUGAAGAUACUGCCUAUUGGGCGGUACCGCUGAGCAAACCAAAACUCAACUGUAUCCCUUUUUGUUGCUGAUGGAGAUGUUUUUCCACAACAGAGAUCUGAGGACAGUUUGAGGUUCUGGAUUUUUGGGCACUGGUCCUAUUGUGGGUAUAAAGGUGUCAAUGUUUUAACUUCAACAAACCUAAAAACAGAUUGUAACUUUGUCAGGUCGAAAUGAAACUACUCACUGGACUGAAGGUGUACAGCUGCGGCAUUGCUCUAUUCUGGCCAUAUACAGUUUAACUGAUGUUGGGGAGUAAGAGGCACUCAUUGAUUGUAUGAGUCUUGAAUUCUUUUAAAUGACAUGCUGGAGUUACAGUGUAUCAAAUUUAAAUCAACAGGUGAGUGGGAAGCAUCAAGAUCUCUACAACAUCAGUCCAAUUUAUUGUUUCAUUUUGACCUGUCACUGAACUACCUAGAAUGACAAAACUACAUAGACGGCAUUGGACCAGCCACAGUCCAACAGGCUUGUUCACAGCUGCCUGUACCACUGGCUCAAACCUGAUAUUACGUUUUCACACCUUUUUGUGAAGUUAUUUGUUAAAUGAAAACAUUUUGUUACUGUAUGAAGCAGUCUGACCAGAGAAAAAACCUUGUCAAACUUUAGAAUCUCCUGUUUUGGAGUUUCACAUUUAUAAAAGAACAAAAUAUUUAAGUAUAUAACGAGUACAGUUGUGAACAGGUGCCUGUAACUGAUGUAGAUCACAGUUUUCAUUGUGCUCAGUGUUGACUGCCAGGAAUUUAUUAUGAAAGAAGUCGUUGCAAGAAUGCAUGACUCGAGUGCAGUUUUUCAUUAUGUGUAUAAUGUAUAAUUCUGUUGCAUGCUUCAUUUUAGAAUUUCAGCACCAAGGGCUAUCAUAAAAAAUGAGUGUAAAAUUAAGAUUUUGAGGCUAACCCAUGGAAAAAACAAUAAAAGUUUGGGAAAUAGAAGCCUUGUCUGACAUACUGUCACCACCAAAUGAAAAAAAAAACAAACAUUCUUUUUAGAUGUUUUGUGGUAAGCACCACUCUACUUCAAGUAAUUUAUGCAACCAACAUUAUAAUGCCCUGUUCAUGUACCCUACAAUAUCUAGCAUGGAACGUCUACUGUCCUGGAAAUCUGUACAGCAAUGUAUCUUCCAAACAUGACUUAGGUUCAGUCAUACAAUUAAUAAUUUUCUGCCAGUUAAGAAAGUUUCUUAAAUUACAUUUGAAAGGAAAAUAUCCAGUAAGCAUUUAAAGCAUUGUUCAUUGCAAUAUUUGUAUGUUACCUUGAGAUUUAGUGCAUGUCAGAAAAUCAAUCCCAGCCGACUCAGGCAGCUGAUAACCAUUAGUUUGUCUCAUAAUGCCAGGAGGAAGAGUCUGUAAAUACUUUUCUCAUUGAAUGUUCUCUCAGUAAAUGACUAGACGUGAACACAUAACUGUGGGUUUUGCCAUUGUGUGAAUUAAUUUCCUCCCUUUAAUAACGACAUUUAAAAAAAAUGCUCUUCAAAAGAAAACAACUGAGUCAAUGUGUCUCAAUGAGGCUUUUCAGCCUUUUUUGACUCUGCAUCACUUUUAUAUUUAUAAUGUCUAGUUGAGGUAAACUGCGGAGAAAUGUAUCUAUGAACUAUAGUAAUGUGAAAGUUAUUCCUUUUUAUUUUUCUUGCUUGUGUCUCAUGCUUCCCUUCUAGAACUACUUCAAAAAUGAUAACUGAUGUGAAUAAGAGUGGUGCACAGGAAAAUGUGUG